GAUUGUAUGCCAAUCAGUCGACCCCGGCCAACUUUCCCCGUUUCAGCACGGAUUGUUUUCCAGGUUGCUUUCCAGAUAUAGCAAAUUCAUGGCAACCAUGUAAUUGUUAGGAGCAGCUCCACAGCUGCAACAGCUAAUGUUAGGAGGCUAACUGUAACAGGAACAAAACAUGGCGGCCGGCUAUGCGUGGUUUCUUGUGCUGGGGUCGGUCUUUCUGUGCAAUCUCAUGAAAACCCUCCUGCCGACCAUCUCUUCUUUCCUCUCAAAGAUGGUUCAGAAAGAUGCUGAGCAGGAGAGUGAGAUGAGGGCCGAAAUCCAGGAGAUGAAGAAGGAGCAGUCCUCAAUUAGCAUGAUGGAUGAGUUUGCUAGAUAUGCCAGACUGGAGCGCAAAAUCAACAAGAUGACAGACAAGUUGAAAACACACGUGAAAUCAAGAACAGCACAACAAGCCAAAAUGAAAUGGGUCGUGAACAUUGUCUUUUAUAUAUUGCAGGCUGCUCUGAUGAUCUCCUUGAUAUGGAAAUAUUACUCUGAUCCAGUGACGGUGGUCCCUAGUAAAUGGAUUGCCCCUGUGGAGCGCCUUGUGGCCUUCCCAACAGGAGUGGCAGGUGGAGUGGGAAUCACAUGCUGGUUGGUGGUUUGCAACAAAGUAGUUACUCUGGGUCUCCAUGCAGUCAGCUAGUGACUUCAACUGAGUUGAUUUUGAUUUUCUAAAUUAUUGCACAAAAUUGUGUUGAUGAAGGUCACACUUUUAUGUCAAAAUUUUUGUCAGCUGCUUCACGUCAGCAUGUAAAAUGAACAGCAUUUGUGCGUUGGCUAUUGGUGAUGUAGAUUUUUUUUGUUGUUGUUGAUUUUAAGUUAAUCAGGAGGAUUUUUUGAUUGUAUAUUAGUUCAAAAUAAUGUUGUGGAGAAUUACUGAAAUGUCUUUUUAAGUAAAGAUAAUAAAAGAAAGGCCUUUGUUUCUUAUAAUGUUAUAGCAAAGAACAAGUUGGUUUCCUUGAAGUAAAACUGUAAUGGAUUAAAACAAGGUAAAUGGA